CGCCUGCCCGCCUGCCCGCCUGCCCGCCGGCCCCAGGCAGCACUCGCUAGCAGCGGCGCCGCGGCCGGCGGCCGAGUGGGGAGAAUGCGGCGGCGCUCACGGAUGCUGCUCUGCUUCGCCUUCCUGUGGGUGCUGGGCAUCGCCUACUACAUGUACUCCGGGGGCGGCUCCGCGCUGGCCGCGGGCGCGAGCGGCGGUGCCGGCAGGAAGGAGGACUGGAAUGAAAUUGACCCAAUUAAAAAGAAAGACCUUCACCACAGCCACGGGGAGGAGAAGGCGCAGAGCGUGGAGACGCUCCCUCCAGGGAAAGUGCGAUGGCGGGACUUUAACCAGGAAGCCUACGUCGGAGGGACCAUGGUGCGCUCCGGGCAGGACCCCUACGCCCGCAACAAAUUCAACCAAGUGGAGAGCGAUAAGCUGCGGAUGGACAGAGCCAUACCUGACACCAGGCAUGACCAGUGUCAGCGGAAGCAGUGGCGGGUGGACCUGCCGGCCACCAGCGUGGUGAUCACGUUCCACAACGAAGCCAGGUCGGCCUUGCUGAGGACAGUGGUCAGUGUGCUUAAGAAAAGCCCGCCCCACCUCAUAAAAGAAAUCAUCCUGGUGGACGACUACAGCAACGACCCUGAGGACGGGGCCCUCUUGGGAAAAAUUGAAAAGGUGCGGGUUCUCAGAAACGACCGGCGAGAAGGCCUGAUGCGCUCGCGGGUCCGGGGCGCUGACGCGGCCCAGGCCCGGGUCCUGACGUUCCUGGACAGCCACUGUGAGUGCAACGAGCGCUGGCUGGAGCCGCUGCUGGAGAGGGUGGCCGAGGACCGGACGCGGGUCGUGUCGCCCAUCAUUGACGUCAUCAACAUGGACAACUUCCAGUACGUGGGGGCGUCCGCCGACUUAAAAGGCGGUUUCGACUGGAACCUGGUGUUCAAGUGGGAUUACAUGACGCCUGAGCAGAGGAGAGCCCGGCAGGGGAACCCAGUCGCCCCCAUAAAAACCCCCAUGAUUGCUGGAGGGCUGUUCGUGAUGGAUAAGUCCUACUUCGAAGAGCUGGGGAAAUACGACAUGAUGAUGGACGUGUGGGGCGGCGAGAACCUGGAGAUCUCCUUCCGCGUGUGGCAGUGCGGCGGCAGCCUGGAGAUCAUCCCCUGCAGCCGCGUGGGGCACGUGUUCCGGAAGCAGCACCCCUACACCUUCCCCGGGGGCAGCGGCACCGUCUUUGCCCGGAACACGCGCCGGGCGGCAGAGGUCUGGAUGGACGAGUACAAAAAUUUCUACUACGCAGCAGUGCCUUCGGCCAGGAACGUCCCUUACGGCAACAUUCAGAGCCGCGUGGAGCUUAGGAAGAAACUCAGCUGCAAGCCGUUCCGGUGGUACCUUGAGAACGUCUACCCUGAGCUGAGGGUCCCCGACCAUCAGGACAUCGCUUUCGGGGCCUUGCAGCAGGGAACCAACUGCCUCGACACGCUGGGGCAUUUUGCCGACGGCGUCGUUGGCGUUUACGAGUGUCACAAUGCUGGCGGGAACCAGGAAUGGGCCCUGACCAAGGAGAAGUCGGUGAAGCACAUGGACUUGUGUCUGACGGUGGUGGACCGGGCGCCCGGCUCGCUCAUUAAGCUGCAGGGCUGCCGAGAAAACGACAGCAGACAGAAAUGGGAGCAGAUCGAAGGCAAUUCCAAGCUGCGGCACGUGGGCAGCAACCUGUGCCUGGACAGCCGCACAGCCAAGACGGGCGGCCUGAGCGUGGAGGUGUGCGGCCCCGCGCUGUCCCAGCAGUGGAAGUUCUCGCUCAACCUGCAGCAGUAGGCGCGCCGGGCCGGCGGCCGUCCCUGCGCCGGCCGCUGAGUCGCAUGGAUGGUCACAUUGUCAAUUAUGUUUCUUAAACUUUCCGCGAAACUAUAUACCUCAGUAUUCCAUCAAGGUCUGAAGGCCGGAGCACCUCCGCAAGGCACGGGGGCUGGGCGGACACGGAAGAGGCGCGGAAAGAGGGUUCAUCCCCUCCGGUCACAGGACACAGCCAGGUGCCCUCCCCGGAGGCCGCAGCCGCCCCCUCCUUGCCGGCGGCCUCCCGGCCCUCGCUCAGACUCUGAGGAGCGUCUCCAGCAACAGGGAGGGCGAAGGCGUGCGGUGGGGACCGGCAGGGGAGGGGGCGUGGGUGCCCCC